UUCUGUUAUUUUUCUUCUUGUUUUGCUUUGAGACGAGAUUGCGGAAGCAGCCUAUGCCUCUGGUUGCCUGGUGGCAGAAAAUUUGUAAACAGUUCAUUGCGUGAUCGCGGCCUGUGUGAGUGGAGUAGCUGUGUCUGCCCGCGUCGCUCGACCCAGCAGCGUGUUCUAGUGACCGCUCGAGACUCACCGUAGCCGUUGCACACCGGACAUGGCCGUGCCGCCCGGUGAUGGCCACACCACGUACGUGGCGUCGCUGGACGUGGGCUCGUCGGGGGUCCGCUGCCACCUGUACGACCGGCAAGGCCGCGUUUGUGGAACAGCCUUCGAAAGGUUGCAGACAGAAUGCCCCUCUGCUGGUGUUUUCGAGAUUGACCCCGAGCACCUGUGGCAGAUCACUAAGGACACGCUAAGAGCCGCGCUCAAAGGUGGCUCAGUGUCGGCCAGUUCGGUGCAAGCUCUGGGCAUCUCAACGCAACGAGCAACGUUCGCCUGCUGGGACAGGCGCACAGGUCGACUUCUGCACAAGUUCAUCUCGUGGAAGGACACCCGCGCUGAGUCGCUGUGCCGAGAGUGGAACUCCUCUGCACGUGUCAAGGCCAUGCGGAUGGGCGCCAGCUUCCUGUACUGCCUGACCCACAAGUACCGGUACCUGAUCGCUAGCAUGCUCCGCUUCGAGUCUGGCCUGGUGGUGAUGCGACUGUUGUGGGCCCUCCAGAACAUACCGGGGCUGCGAGAGGGCGCCCGCAAGGGCCACGUCGUCAUGGGCACCGUGGACAGCUUCCUGCUGUGGCGGCUGACCGGAGGCCGUGUGCACGCCACUGACCCGUCCAACGCCUGCAUCACCGGCCUCUUCGACCCUUUCACGAUGGAGUGGUCCCACAUGAUCACAAAUAUGCUGGACAUUCCUGUCAGCAUGUUGCCCAAGGUUCUCAACACAAGUGGCGUGUUCGGCAUGACGGAUCCCGAAAUCCUGGGCGCCGAGAUUCCCAUCGCUUGCCUGGCUGGUGACCAGCAGGCGUCGGCGUUCGGCGAGUGCUGCUUCCAGGCGGGAGACGUCAAGUGCACCAUGGGCACAGGAACCUUCUUCAACGCCAACACGGCAGACCAGCCGCUCGCGUCCACCGCGGGCAUCUACCCCGUCGUUGGUUGGAAGACCGGCAACGGGGUGACCUACCUUGCCGAAGGCGGCAGCUUCGACACUGGCACCGUCGUUGACUGGGCCCAGGAAUUGGGCCUGAUCAGGAACGCCGAGGAAAGUGCCGACGUCGCCGAAUCUGUCGACAACUCGGCGGGGGUCUUCUUUAUACCUGCGUUCAGUGGCCUCCAGGCCCCGGUGAAUGACGCAUACGCUGCCGCGGGUUUCCUUGGACUGUCGCCGUCCACGCGGCCCGCACACAUGGUGCGCGCCAUGCUCGAGUCACUGGCGUUCCGCACCUACCAACUGCAUGCGCUACUCAAGGGCACCUCUGGGCUACCUGCCAUCGGCAACGUCAGGUUCACUGGCGGAGUGACGCGAAAUCUGUUCCUCAUGCAGCUAUUGGCCGACCUACUGCAGGAGCCCAUCAUCUGCUCUUCCCAGCACGACAGCAGUGCUCUUGGUGCUGCUUACCUUGCUGGCCUUGCUGUCGGAUUUUGGAAAGAUUUAGCUGAACUGCAGAGCCUGCAGCCCGAGGGUAUUGUCUUCAAGCCAAGAGUUGAACGGGCUGCCUCCAGCCUGGCUCUCUUCAAUGAAUGGUGUCGAGCAGUUGAGCGCUUCACACGCUGGCACGUCCCUACUGGCUCCUGCUCAGUUUAAAAAAAAAGUGAUUCGGGCUACAUCUUUAUUGUCGCGGGACAUUUGCGAGACAGUGAUUAUUGCUGAAGUAAUUCUUCAACCUAAAGAUGGUGUUUUACUGCAAGAGGUUGGUUGACCCGCUGUGCAUGAUUUGAUCUGAGAGACUCGUGAUGAACUUUUGUGUUAUGGUACAUGACAUCCUGAAGCAGCUGUAAAUUGGGGCAAGAAUUUAUGAGCCCUCAAUAUUUAUAUGUAGAGUUCUAUACGUUGCAGGACAGUAACACUUUUAUACGGUGGCAUUUCAAGGAUUUGCCAUGAUAAUGCAGUGCCAGUCACUGCUUUUUCUAAUGUCAUCCACAAUGCAAGGGGAAAAUGCAGCAAUGUGAAUGAACAUUGAUUGUUAAGCAAGUAUUUAAGUCCAAUUAUGAAGUAGUGUGAUGGGUGUCCUUUACAGGUUCAAUAAUCUUGUUUUAGGCUGUUUUUAAGAGCUGUAUGUAUGGUGCAAUGAGUAAAGAGUGUGGUUUGUAUAAGCUAUCAAAUUCACUGCACUUUAGUGGUGUGCAUGCAUGGCAGCACACUAUUGUUUUGCCUCCUGAAGCAUUAGACUACUUUCUACCUGGUACUUCUGGAUGUUUGCCAGUUGUUUGAACAAGUUCUCUUGAAUUUAGCAAAAGGAUUUGAAGAAAGAAGUGUCAUGGCAGCCACAUUGAUCGCUGUUUACUAUUCUACUUUUGCUUUGUAAUGAGUAAGUGUGACACAAAGUUGGCGCACAUACUAUGGUAACAGUAAAGUUUUGCCAUGUUGAUACAGUGACACUUCUUGCAUGAGAACAAACGCAAGUAUUUUCUGCCAUGUGCAGCAUGAUAAAAUUGUUGCUCAAUGUAAUGCGUGUCAUCCUCUGCCUAACGUCUUGACAAAGGUCCAGAAGAAGCACUUAUAAUGGAUUCUUGAUGUCUAAACUGGAGCUCUGUCACUUUCCUUCGCACUGAAUAAUUGGUGGCACUGCUGUAGUUUAUUUAACUUUUUUUUUAUGGAGGAAGGUGGAUAUGCAUUCACCAGUGACAGAAGCUAUUUCAUUCCAUCUGAAUAUAUAUACCUGCACUUAAAUGUUCUUAAAAAAGGUGGCAGUGUAUGACUAGUGAAAGUCAUGUAUGUUUAAGUAAUGAAGAUUGUGAACUUUAUUGUGUAGUUCGUCGACAGGCUACCUGAAGAGAGAAUAUUUUGUUGAAAUGAGUGUUCAUCUAGCACAAUCAUUCCAAUUUAUGUUAAAAAAAUUGUUGGCAGCUGUGUUUAUUUGUACAGGGUGGUCCUUUAUGAAAGGGAACACGCGAGCGCAUGGCCCGUGCUCUGCGGAGGCUGCUUAGAGCGCCAGCAGGGAGAAGCACGUCCGCUUGUGGCUUCAUAUAUAUUGGUGGCCAGAAUAACCAGGCGCGGCCAAUAGGCAAGUCUGCUAGAAUUAGCUGGACCCCUCCCUUCCUCCUCGCAUGACUGUUGUGCAAGAACAGGGGCCUGCAGGGCAACGUCUGCUGCUAGCAAACCGCGUUAAGUACGCAAGCGCACUGGAAACGUGGAAGCGCAACAUACACCCGGUAGUUAUUAGGUACUCCUGGCAUACUAUAUUAAUGCGUGAGCAUUCUAGGGCUACUUCCCUCGGAACGUCGUCCGUCCAUCCGUUUUUCUGUCUGUAACACGUGACUCGAUACACUGCAUGCAUAGGUGUACAUGAGGUCCUAUGGAGGUGUAUAUGAGAAUGCCUUAUGACUAUGUAUGGCUAAUGAGACUUAUGAUUUUGACUGUAUAUAUUGAGUAUACUGAGAGGUAUAAGUGUGGGUAAGCUUAAUAAAGACUAAUAAGAUUAGUUACGAUAAAAUUAGAUAAGCGCAAUGGCAAAUACUUGAGGGUCAUUAGGAAUACUGAGGCUAAUUAAAAUCAAUUCAUGUUAAAUUAUUAGACUAAUCAAAAGUUACUGAGAUUAAAUCAACGGAGCAUAAUCAAGAGUUAAGGGUACCUUGAGAUUAGUUAGCACUAAUUAAGACAUGUUAAUUUUAAUUUACAGAUGUAAAUGUCUUUGUCAUAACUUUAACCAAGGGUAAUUAAGGAAAUCUCAGUAUAGAUAACUAAGCCUGAAUAAUAAAUAACAAGAUAAUUACGUUUAUUUACCUAAGCUAAUGUUUUACCUGAGUGUACUUCUCUCUUAAACUGCUCCGAAUCAGGUGAGGUCUAUUCAUGCGAUUGGGGGAGUGGGUAGCCAGGGCUAUGUACUGCAAAAAAGUACGCUGAAACUCUACUGGAGUUGUCAAACUUGUCCCCAAAUUUCAACUUGGCCCACUACCCAAUUUGAGUUGACCUACCCUCAAAUUUCAAGUUGGCCCACCUCCAAAUUUCUCCAAAUUUGAAGUUGCCCCGUUCCCAAAAUUUCAAGUUGGCCCACCCCCAAAUUUUCGUUGGCCCACACCUAAAUUUCAACUUCGUCCACUACGAAAUUCAAGUUGGCCCACCCUCAAACUUCAAGUUGGCCCCCCUCCAAAUUUGUCCAAAUUUCACGUUGGCCCACUGCCAGAUUUUAAGUUGGCGGACCCCGAAACUCAAAUUGGCCCACUCCCAAAUUUAUGUUGGCCUACACCGAAAUUUAAAGUUGGCCUGCCACUACUAUAGGCUUUCCCAUGCAUUUUCUGUGCACCCUAUGUAUCUCUAUGGUUAUUCUCUCUAAUAAUUUUUUUUCAAUUGUUCCUCAUUGCCUAUAAAGCUACCAGGCAUAUAUAUAUUUACACUAUUAUAACGAUGAAAUGUCGUAACUUUGCGCAUUACGAAUUUUUUGCAGAUACAAGGCAUUACACUUAUACUUAGGCAUUACACAAAGAAUGCUUACACAUUAAAUAUGCUGGGAGUGCCUAUUACCUAGCGGGAACAUGUUGGCCUUUCCACGUUUCCAGUGCGCUAACGUAUUGAGUGUGGUUUGAUAGCAGCAGACACUGCGUUGCAGGCCCCGCCUGUUGCUCAUCCACCUGGCGUGGCAGGCAGUCCACAGCCGCUUGCCUAUCAGCCGUGUCUGUGUAUUCUGGACACCAAUAGAUGACGCCACAAGCGGAUGUGCUUCCCCUUGCUGCCUGUUGCUGGCGCUCUAAGCAGCCUUCGCAGAGCACAGGCUACGCGUUCGUGUGUUCCCUUUCGUAAAGGACCACCCUGUAUUCCUUCCAUAUUAUCUGGCUUGCUGUGAUUAUGGGUGGUUGGACGGAGAUGAAAGUGUGAUAAAGUUGUCGUAAGCAUUGUGCUCAUGUUAUUUGGAAUAGUGCACGAAGCGCUCAAGGCAGGAUGCUGUGCUGAUGCAUAGAUCCAGCUGAACCAAACUUUGUUUUAUUUAUUUUUGGUUCUGCUACCUGCUCUUGUAAUAUUGGUUGUGAAUACUGAUUUCUCCUGCUGCCUUACUCCACCUAGACAGCUGCUGAGAAGAGCAAUGUCUAAUCAGGGCAGCUUCAGCAGCGUACUUUGUAUUCAUAUGUUUAAGGUUUUGCAUACUGAGCUGUGCAGAAGCAACGUUGUCUGUUGUGUGACUACAUGUUAGCAGCUGUGAUUAGCCAAGCAAAGUCUUGCUGGAGUGAUGCCUGCCUGCAGUUGUGGCUCUUUGUUGAACCCUUCCACUUUUUGUUUGUCACAGCCACAUGAACCCAACCAGAUAGUGAAGCCGUGGAAACACAGAAAAAGUUAUUUUUCUUUAAUGGAAAUGCCAAAACCGAAAGGCAAACAGAAAUGAAAGGUGACAAACAGGCAAUCCUUGCGGUGGGAACUGAACCCACAUCCUGCACAUUAGGCGUGAGAUGCUCCUCCAAUUGAACUAUGGGGACAGCAGUUAGCAAGUCCACAUUCUUGGGUAUGUAUGCUUGUGCGUGCGAUCUCACCCUGGGAGUGUUAGCCAGCACUGCGCUGCCAUGGCAGCAGAUGUAGGACACCUUUCAAGUGGUGAACCUAAUGGUAGCCUUUCUUGGCAAUUUUGUGUAAACGAGUACAUAUUUAGUUGCUCGAUUUGCAAUUCACUCAGAGGCACUGCAAGUAGGUUUGGUUGUUUACAGUCUUGCUGAUUUGCUUCCCUCAGGACAUGCAAUCAGUUUUACUGUACUUUAGAGUUAAUUGGGCCUUACUUCAUUUGUUCUCUGCUUUGCAGUACUUCACUGCUAACUUCUCAUACUGCAAGACUGAAUAUGCAUGCUAUGACUGCUCUUGUUAAAUGUAUUGCUUUCUUUGCAUGUGUUACAUUUGUUGACAGUGUAGUGAACAAUUAUUGCUCACUGCUUGCGGUCUCACACAAAUAAGAGUGUUCCAGAACCAAGCAUUUUAAUUUUUGAAAUGUCCUUGACUCUUCGAAAACCAGGUGAACUUAUGGGUGAAUGCAAGUUUGAUAUCUUACGCAGUUUUGUUGCUUCAACAAUUACAUGGAUGGGUAUUGGUGUGCCAGUGGAGUUUCAUUGUAGCAGUGUCAUUGGUGUGCCAGUGGAGUUUCACUGUAGCAGUGUCGUAUAUUCCAGCAGCCACUGAUAUGUUAACAAGUUGGAAAUAGUUUGAUUUUUGAGGUCGAUCUUGGA